CCGAAGAUUGUCGUCAUGCCCUGUCCCCGGAAUUUAACCCAUGGUGCAGCGAUCGCGGCUCUUUUACUGGCCACCGGUCUAAUUGUCUUGGCAAUUUGUGUGCAACGACCGAACGAAUCCGGCCAUCGAAUCAUAGUCACAGAGCAGAGAAAGUCAUCCGUGCAGAUGGAGGAGAAUGAGGAGGUGGUAGUGGGUUCGGGUACGGCUACCAAUUCGCAUGGCGGUGAUUUGCAAGAUUUGCGAGCUAAAGCCCAAGCGUUUUUUUUAAUCGCCACCACAACAAUGUCGCCGGAAAAUGCAACAAAAAGCGAAAACUCUUCCGGGUCACUGGACAUGCGCCAAAUGGCCCAAAUGGCCAGUUCUACCACGGAGACGACUGCCUGGAAGACCUUGACAUCGCAUCCGAAUUCACUUGUCCAACUGCUGCCAUCGAGGGCCAUGCGAGUGGUCCAGGAGGUGGUGCGAUCUCUGCGGAAAGAGCGCGAGAUUGUGGCUACUACUUCGUUGGGAAAAGUAAGGGGACGCUAUCAGAAAUACCGAUCUGGAGAGAGAGGUGGCUACUACAGUUUCAAGGGAAUGCGCUAUGGAGCGGCGCCCACAGGAGCAAAGAGAUUCCGUGCUGCCGAACCGGAGAAGCCCUGGUCAGGCAUCCGAGAUGCCUCGCGGGAGGGUCAGAGUUGCCCCCACAAGAACAUGAUCCUGGACACAUUCAAGGGAGACGAGGAUUGCCUGUUUAUCAAUGUUUUCACCACACGAAUGCCCAAGGAAGAGGAGACCGCGGAGCAGCCUAAGCUUCCAGUAAUGGUUUGGCUGCAUGGCGGAGGUUUCUCUUUCGGUUCUGGAAACUCCUUUCUCUACGGACCCGACUAUCUAGUAGCUGAGGAUAUUGUCCUGGUCACUCUGAACUAUCGUUUGGGACCACUUGGUUUCCUUACAGCUGGUCCCGAUGCUCCUGGUAAUCAAGGUCUCAAGGAUCAGGUGCUGGCCCUGAAGUGGGUGAGGGAUAAUAUUGCUGCUUUUGGUGGAGAUCCAAACCAAGUUACAGUCUUCGGAGAGUCAGCGGGAGCAUCAUCCGUCCAGCUGCUUCUACUUUCACCCCAAGCCAAGGGACUUUUCCAAAGAGCAAUUUCCCAAAGUGGUUCCGCCCUGAAUCCCUGGUCCAUGGCAGCCAGUUCCAGUCAGAGAGCUGCCCGUUUGGCAGCCAAUCUGGGUUAUGUGGGCGCCAACAACACCGAGGACAUUCUUGACUUCCUGCGCAGAGUUCCAGCCAUGAAAUUGGUAGAGGCAGCUCCCACCACAAUAACUGCUGAGGAUCAGCGGAACAACAUUGGAUUGCCAUUUGUGCCCGUGGUGGAAGGAUACUGGAAUCAGGAUUCUCAGGAGGAGGAAUUCUACGAGCAGCCAUUCCUAACUCAGCAUCCUAGUGAUAUGUACCACUCGCAGAACUUCAACAGUGAUGUGGCCUACAUGACGGGCUAUAAUACACACGAGGCGAUGUUGUUUAUAAGAAGACUGCGGAAGAACCCACAAUUGCUGAGCAUCAUUGAAAACGACUUUGGUCGCCUGGUGCCGCAGGACUUGAACGUGACACAAUCUCAUGACAGAGUGACCCGCGAGAUAAGAUCCUUCUAUCUGGGCAACAAACACGUUGGCAUUGAAUCGGUGGAUGAGAUGAUUGCUCUCCUCACUGAUCUAAUGUUCCUACAAGGCAUUCGUCGCACAGCCCGGAAUCAUGCCAAGUUUGGAAAUGCUCCGGUUUACAUGUAUCGCUUCUCCUUCGACGGAGCUUUGGGGCUCUACAAAAGAAUGCUGGGAAUUCCACGACCAGGAGUAUGUCAUGGUGAUGAGCUUGGAUAUCUUUUCAAGUUUGGUUUCUUCAACUUGAGUCUGGACCCCAAAUCGAUGGAGGUGCAGGUCAAGAAUCGCAUGGUGCGAAUGUGGACGAAUUUCGCGAAAUACGGCACUCCUACGCCGGAUACCGAAGAUCCCUAUCUGACCACCAAGUGGGCGCCUAUCGAUCCCACCAAUGUGAUGAACAGCCUCAACUAUAUGGACAUCUCGGCUAAUUUGGCAAUGAAAACGAAUCCCGAACCGGAGCGCCAGAGAUUCUGGGAUGAGAUGUAUCAGCAUUACAAUGGAGCUGCCAUGUAAAAAGGCAUUAACUUACUCCACACAUAACACACACUCACCCUCACACACACACCCACACCCACAAAUUUCGUAUUGCCAUUUUGUGAAAGAUCGCGCGAAACCCAGAAUAUUUAAAUGCAAAUAUCAUUGUACAAUUUUCGUAGUUUGUAGGACUUGUUUAGCUAUAUUCUUAGCUAUAUUGUUAGCAACUAGUUUGUAAGAGUUCCAGCAUUUAUCCACACCAACCACAAUUCACUCUCAUAAUCCAAAGUCAAGAUGUCUUUCCUUACUACACGUGUAUCCACAAUAACCAGGUGUAAAUAGUCAGAGUCUAUCUUAUGCAUAAUGCCGACAUCCAAACCACGAUGUUUUUGUAAAUUAAAAAUAUUUAAUUUUUAA